GCCCAUGAAAAUUGAAUGCACUGUAGCGCUUAAUCGAAAUUCACGCUUUCGACUACUUUCCAGCAAUAUAAAAGGAGGUAGCAGCUCUACCACAUUCAGUUAGAAGACGACCGUCAAAGGAGCACUUCUACUACAUCACGAAGGAAGAAAUCCAUAUACAAAAAGGGCUACUGUGACUAUGCAUAACGGGUGUCUACUGCUUCUUGCCUUUGUCGCGGUAUUCCAGCCGAUUGCUUCGUACACUGAGCGCGGCCUCGUUAAUGGAAGGCAGGAACGCUGCGACUAUCGGUCAUCGGUGCGCGAUCCGGAACUCAACUUUCAUGGAAGUUACCGCUUUAACAAACCUGCCGUGGAAGAUCGCUGCCUAAACCAGAGGGACGAUAUUCGUAAGCUUCGCCGUAAUGAAGUGAAGGAAGAAACUCUUCGCAUCGCUUCAUCGUCAGACAGGCGACUUGCUGAUACCGUGGAAAGGGAGAGGUUUACGUUGACAAGGCUUUCUAGCGAUCGCAUCGGUAACGACGCCGUCCUGCACCGCGAAAUUCACAAAACACUUCCCGUUUCCAGUCACCGUGACGAACGGAAGCAAGAAACCCGACGUGAGCGCCUUUCAACAGCGCAGGAAUCCCACCAAGCUCGCUUCUCUGGCCGCCGAGAGAACAGCAGAUUGUCUGUAGAUGAAAACCGUUCUCAAAGAAUCGAUAACAAGCGCUUCAAUGAAAGGGCUUCAGUGGCAUCUCGACGAGAUAUCCGAGAAAAUCGAAUCAAUGCAGACACGAAACGAGUUCGAGAACAUCGGGAAGUACGUUCUCAUACCAACCGAGCGAGAGAUAAUGGAGCAAGCAGUUUGAUAGACCAUCGUAUUGCGAAAGAGGCUGUUCAAAAGAUGGACACACGGCGUUCUGUGUCCAGAAUUCAACAGGGCCGCAAUGCGGACCGUGAAAUUCUUAACCGACGCUCCAGCAGGGAAAUAAGAAGCUCGUCAACCUCGGGUGAUAAAGUAAAUCGAGCUAGUGCCAAUGAGGGGUCGCGAUUCGUCGUCGAACAAAGGCAGCGUGAAUCUCAAAUCCGACUAACAGUUGAACGAAGAAAUAUCCGAGAUUCUGCCAGCCGCAGAGUUCUAGCUAAUCGUAUCUCUGAAAAUCGCAGAAACACUCAACGAGCUCAAUCUGCCGACACCCGAAGAGAAACCCGAGAUACCGAAAACGAAGCUAGACUGGCGAGAGCAGUACAAUCCGUAGAUGAUCGUGUUACCCGAAAGGAUCUUAGUGGGUCCAGGACAUUUAAGCGUGAAAUUACUGCAGAAAACCGAAGGAAUGCUCGAAGCAUGGCAGCAUCACUAGAACGAAGCGCAUAUCGAAUGGAGUCCAGAAGAGAGUUUUUAAAGCGAGUUUUAGAAAACCGAAAUGACAACCGUAAUAUUGAAACAGCACCUCGACAAAACAUUAAUAAUAUUCGUGCAGCGGAAACACGGAAGGCAAUCCGUAAUGCCGAAAGGGAUUUCCGUGUAUUUAAGUCAAAUGCCAAACGCACUGUAGAAACCUGCGUUUAUGAUCGAAAACCGUCGAGUGAACACCGAAUGGCUCGAAUAAUGACAAGGGAGCGAUCACAGGAAAAUCGACGGUUUACUCGCAAUGUUCCAUCCCAAACUAUCAGAACUGAACGCGUUGACGAAGACCGACAAGAAGCUCUUAACGUUGGAAUCCGCGCUUUUAGAACUGAGCGAUCUGACGAUAGCGGACGGGACGCUCGAAAUUUUGAGGUCCGAGCAUUCCGAAAUGAACGCGCUGUUAGAAGCCAGCGAGAUUCUCGCUCCGUUGGAACACGAUCGUCCAGAACUGAACGCUCUGAAUUCAGGACUGAGCGCACUGACGAGAGUCGACGUGAUGCUCGCACGGUUAAAGUCCCAGCCAUACGGAGAGAACGCACUGAAGAAAGACGGAGAGAUGCACGCAGUAUUGGAGUCCGAUCAUUCAGGACAGAAAGGUUUGAGCAAAGUAGACGAGAUUCUCGAAAUGUUAUUUCCCAGCUAUUCAGUGACGAACGAACUGACGAAGUCCGUCGACAUGCUAUCAAUUUUGAACUGCGAGCAUUCAGGACAGAAUGCACUGACGGACGCCGACGUGAUGCUCGCAUUCUUGAAGCACGAUCAUUCAGGUCUGAGCGCACGGACGAAAGUCGACGUGAUGCUCGUGAACUUGGAAUACGAGCAUUCAGAUCAGAGCAAAGAAAUAGUCGAAGCGCUGACAUUCGAGCAGAUGCUCGAAGUAAUAGAGUCCUUGUAUUUAGGCCUGAACGAACUGAUAAAGGCCGUCGAGAUAAUCGAGUUAUUGAAAGCGCUACUUAUCGUCGAGACACUCAGGGUAUUGAAAGGCAAAUUCGUUCACUUGACCGUACCACUGAUUACCGCCGGGACAGUCAAAAUAAUAACAGGGAUGCUCGAAUCCAAGAAAGGGCACUUGAAAGCCGCCGCAUGGUUCGAAAUAUUGUAUCUCGUGCUAAAGAUGAACGAGCUAAUAACCGAAGAGCUACUCGUAGUCUAGAAAGAGACAUUCGAUCAAUGGGACGUCAGAGGUCUAUGGAAAGCCGUUUGAACCGAGAUCGCCGAUCAGAAGAAAAGAGGCGUGGAUCUGAUCGUGCGAUUGAACGUCUCGACAAACGCGACUCGCUUGAAAGCAGGCGUAUUUUCACCUUUCAGCGAGAAUCGCGGAGGGACACUCAAAGGACUCUUGAUAGAGACAAUCUUGCAAGAGGACAUAUGGAAGCUGAAUCUCGGAAUAGCUUUGACAUAGAGUUUGCCAGAAAGCGAGAAUUACAGGGUAUGUUCAGGAACCCCACCCAAACCGAGAAUGAGACAACCAUGAUGAAUUGGCAGUACAUUUUCUACACACUGCAAGGACUUUACAUUUGCGGGCUGCUGAUUCAGUUGAACAAAGGAAGAGUCGAAAAGAAAACCAGGGUAUCUUGGUGGCCGGCGCCUCAGCAUCUCAUCAAAGUGGAUUGAAUAACAAGUUAAGAAUAUAUUUAUUAUAUAGUAGUAGUAGAGGAUAGUAUGGCUAAAUAUAUGUAGUUCUUUAGUUCUUAGAAACAAGAUAGUUGUGAAUUGAUGUAUGCAAACAUAUUAUGUAGAGAAAAUAUAAUAUAUUGUCCGUUAUUAAAGAGUAUUUUUUUAU